AUGUCGGCAGGCCAGCUACACCUGGCUCCAGCUAGAAAGGGGCCCGAGAACUGGGAUGUUUUAACUGGUCAGGAGUGUGACCAGUCAAAAAGCGGGAUCUUCUUCCUGAACAUUAAGAGAAAGCUCCACUUGGCAGCCCUGGCGUCGCUCAAGGGAGAUAUAGUGGAGCUCAACAAACGUCUGCAGCAAACAGAGCGGGAACGGGACCUUCUGGAAAAGAAGCUGGCCAAGGCACAGUGUGAGCAGUCCCAUCUCAUGAGAGAGCAUGAGGACGUCCAGGAGCGAACCACGCUUCGGUAUGAGGAACGCAUCACAGAACUGCACAGUAUCAUCGCUGAGCUCAAUAAGAAGAUAGAUCGUUUGCAAGGCACCACCAUCAGGGAGGAAGAUGAGUACUCGGAACUGCGAUCAGAGCUCAGCCAGAGUCAACACGAGGCCAACGAGGACUCUCGCAGCGUGGAUCAGGACCAGACCUCUGUGUCUGUCCCUGAAAACCAGUCCACCAUGGUCACUGCAGACAUGGAUAACUGCAGUGACCUGAACUCAGAGCUGCAGAGGGUGCUGACGGGGCUGGAGAACGUGGUCUGCUGCAGGAAAAAGAGCAGCUGCAGCCUCUCGGUGGCGGAGGUGGACAGACACAUCGAGCAGCUGACCACGGCCAGCGAGCACUGUGACUUGGCCAUCAAGACAGUGGAGGAGAUCGAGGGGGUCCUCGGCCGGGACCUGUACCCCAGCCUGGCAGAGGAGCGGUGCCGGUGGGAGAAGGAGCUGGCGGGGCUGCGGGAGGAGAACGAGAGCCUGACGGCCAUGCUGUGCAGCAAGGAGGAGGAGCUGCACAGGACCAAGGCCGCCACGAACGCCGUCCGGGAGGAGCGCGACCGGCUGCGGCGGAGGGUUCGAGAGCUUCAGACCCGACUGCAGAGCGUGCAGGCCACGGGCCCCUCCAGCCCUGGCCGCCUCGCUUCCGCCAACCGCCCCGUUAACCCCAGCACCGGAGAGCUGAGCACGAGCAGCAGCAGCAACGACAUCCCCAUCGCCAAGAUCGCCGAGAGGGUGAAGCUCUCCAAGACCAGGUCUGAAUCUUCGUCAUCUGAUCGGCCAGUCCUAGGCUCAGAAAUCAGCAGCAUUGGGGUGUCCAGCAGUGUGGCAGAGCACCUGGCCCACUCUCUCCAGGACUGCUCCAACAUCCAGGAAAUCUUCCAGACUCUCUAUUCCCAUGGAUCUGCCAUCUCGGAAAGCAAGAUUAGAGAGUUUGAGGUGGAAACGGAGAGGCUGAACAGCCGUAUCGAGCACCUCAAAUCCCAGAAUGACCUUCUGACCAUAACGCUGGAAGAAUGCAAAAGCAACGCCGAGAGGCUGAGCAUGCUGGUGGGGAAGUACGAAUCCAACGCCACGGCGCUGCGGCUGGCGCUGCAGUACAGCGAGCAGUGCAUCGAAGCCUAUGAACUCCUCCUGGCUCUGGCCGAGAGCGAGCAGAGCCUCAUCCUGGGGCAGUUCCGGGCGGCCGGUGUGGGGUCGUCCCCUGGAGACCAGUCAGGGGAUGAAAACAUUACUCAGAUGCUCAAGCGAGCCCACGACUGCCGGAAGACAGCGGAGAACGCCGCCAAGGCCCUGCUCAUGAAGUUGGAUGGCAGCUGCGGGGGCGCCUUCGCGGUGGCCGGGUGCAGCGGGCAGCCCUGGGAGAGCCUGUCCUCCAACAGCCACACCAGCACGACCAGCUCCACAGCCAGCAGCUGUGACACGGAGUUCACUAAAGAAGACGAGCAACGGCUCAAAGACUACAUCCAGCAGCUCAGGAACGACAGGGCGGCGGUCAAGCUGACCAUGCUGGAGCUGGAGAGCGUCCACAUCGACCCGCUCAGCUACGACGUCAAGCCGCGGGGGGACAGCCAGCGGCUAGACCUGGAAAACGCAGUGCUGAUGCAGGAGCUCAUGGCCAUGAAGGAGGAGAUGGCCGAGCUGAAGGCCCAGCUCUACCUCCUGGAGAAGGAGAAGAAGGCCCUGGAGCUGAAGCUGAGCACGCGAGAAGCCCAGGAACAGGCCUACCUGGUCCACAUCGAGCACCUGAAGUCGGAGGUGGAGGAGCAGAAGGAGCAGCGCACACGGUCCCUGAGCUCCACCAGCAGCGGCGGCAAGGACGCAGCCGGCAAGGAGUGUCCGGAUGCCGCCUCCCCUGCCCUGUCUCUGGCCGAACUGCGGACGGCGUGCGGCGACAGCGAGCUGGCUGCGGAGUUCACGAAUGCCAUCCGUCGAGAGAAGAAGUUAAAGGCCAGAGUUCAAGAGUUGGUGAGUGCCUUGGAAAGACUCACAAAGAGCAGUGAAAUCCGACACCAGCAAUCGGCAGAGUUUGUUAAUGACCUAAAGCGAGCCAACAGCAACCUGGUGGCUGCCUAUGAGAAAGCAAAGAAGAAGCAUCAGAACAAACUGAAGAAGUUGGAGUCUCAGAUGAUGGCCAUGGUGGAGAGACAUGAGACCCAAGUGAGGAUGCUCAAGCAAAGGAUAGCUCUGCUGGAGGAGGAGAACUCCAGACCUCACACCAACGAAACGUCCCUGUAGUGGGCACUUGAGCUCCACGGUUCUGUCCGUGGAAGCGAGUCUAGCAGUCACUGAGGAGGGGGCCUCAGAGGACAGGACCUGUCGGGAGGACGACAGGGAAGGUUGGCAGGAAGGUGCCCUGGACUCAGCCUCGGGGCAGGUGGCCCCGGUGAGGCAGUAUAGACUGUCCCCCGAGGGUCCCGCCCUCCCCUCCUGGGCUGCGGGCGGCGUGGGGACUCCUGCCCCAUGCACUGGCUCCACAGGGCUUCCUGCUGCUUUUAGCAUGGGCUCUGUCCCUCACCCACAUUUUCUGUAUCCACGGUAUAAUCCAGGCAUCAUCUGUUUGAUUUUCCAGUUUUUGCAGCCUGACCUCGGCCAUCUCACAUUUCUCCUUUCUCCUUCUGGGGAAAACUGAUGGGGGGUGGGGGUGCAGAGGGGAGAUGGUGCUCAGCAUCUAGAACUGCUGCUUCGUUUCCUGCAACCAGGCUUUGGUUUUCAAGUACCAGGUGUCAACUCUUUAGGAGGCGGCUGUCACUCAGAGGUGUUCCAGGAGGUUGAUCACAGGCGGACAAUACACAGGUUUCCUUCCAGUCCCAGGUAUGUUGAGGCUACAGGUAGAGCAACUCGGUCUGAACAGCUCUGAAUGGGAGAAGGAAGACCUCCUUGACCUCACAGCAGAGGUGGGCACGGGUAGGGAACACUCUUCAGACAGGAAUCUCCCUGUCCCAGUGCCGCCUUACUAACAGCUGGGAGAGUCCUGUUGAUCCGUGUCUGGGACCUGAACUGUCAGGAGGAGAGGGACAUUGGUGCUUUCCAAGACUCGGGCACCACAGAAUUGCUGAACAUGCCGAUGGCUCCGGACCUGCCUCUCCCUCGAGGGAGAUGCUCUGCAGCUGAUCCGCCUGUAUGAGACUGCUGCUGUGGCACCAGCUCAGGAGUGCGCCCUGCUGUUCCAAAGGGCAGAGGGCGAGGGAAAGCCGAGGCGGCCUCCGCUGAGCCCCCAGAAACAUGGCAGUGGGUGGCAGAUGGUGAUUCCACGGGAGUCAGUUCUAGCAAAAUGGUGACAGGACCGGACAGGACCAAAGAACCUGAAUUCUUUCAGGAAGGUCUUCCAUUUGAAAAUCAACUCUUCACCCCUUUUCUACUGUGAUGUUCCCUGUUGCAGUUUUUCAGUUGUCACCACCCUAGGCUGACAUAACAUUUUAAAGGACCACUUGCCAUUUUUUCUGAAGACCCACCCAAAGUCACUUAGAAGAAAGAUGCCCAAUGCUACAGUUCAAAGAUCUGCUUACGACCAGAUCGCUGCAUUCAUGUCGUGGUGUCAGUGAGCUGUUCUCAGAGGCAGGACGCAGAUUCCACAGCCUCCAGUCUGACAGGGAAGGACACCCCAGCCACCGUCUGCCAAGGCGGAGCACACCCAUCCCCCAAGGAUGCUCCGUCCCAUCUCAGGCCAGCAGCGAGGCCGCCCCAUCUUCAAACAGUCUUCGGCAGCUGGUCUCAGGCCCAGCUCUAGGGUGCUCUGGUCACUGCAAAGGCCCCCACCGGCUUCUGUUUCUGUUAUAUAAGGUAAACUUCGUCCUUGUGACAAUAAGUCAGUUUUUACUCUUUGGAUAGGAAAAUGUAAUGACCCAAAAGUGUGUUUUUAGAAAAAAAAGAAAGUGUAGCAGAUGAAACUAUUUUUCCCACUCUCCCAGGGGAAACACCUUCCCGAAGCCAAGCAGGCUGUGCAGGGCAGGGACCGGGCGUCACGUCACACAGGUGGAGGCUUUCGUCCCCACCACCACUGCAAGGGAGCACAGAGCCUGCCUUCCAGACACACGGAGCUCAUCCCUGACCUGGGCAGUCCCAGUUCCCACGUGAUGAGCCCCUGGCCUUACUGAUCCUACUUGGCUCAUUCUGAAUUUAUAUUUCCACAUAACACUGGCUGGGUGAACACUUGGCCUGGCAAAACUGUUACUUUUAUAAAUGUGCAGAAUAAAAGCUUUUAAAUAGUUGGUUACCUUUCCUUGUAUUCUUCACAUGCUCCCCGAGACUCUUGUUGAAGGUGAACUGACGGGCACUUGGUUAUUAUGCUAAUUCAAGGCUUACUAAAAUCGCACUGAUGAAAUAAAUGAUUGCAGGUG